AUGGUCACUCUUUACUCUCCUUUCGGCAGCUUGCCAGUUGCGCUUCUUGCGCUGGCCGCUCUCUGCGAAGCUCAAGGUCUUGGGCAAUGGAGUCCUCUUAUCAAGUUCCCCGUGGUUCCCGUCUCCGUUGCCCUCCUUCCCGAGUCGGGCAACCUUCUUGUCUGGUCUAGUGGAUGGCCCAACCGAUGGACAACCGCUGGCAAUGGCAAGACUUACACGUCACUCUACAAUGUCCAGACCGGCAAUGUGAGCGACGCUGUCAUUCAGAACACUCAACACGACAUGUUCUGCCCGGGCACUUCCUUGGAUGCCGAGGGACGUAUCAUCGUUACUGGAGGCUCUAGCGCCGCGAAGACCAGUGUCCUUGAUUUCAAGAAUGGCGAGUCCUCUUCCUGGACGGCACUCUCCAACAUGCAGAUCUCCAGAGGCUACCAGUCUAGCUGCACUACUUCUGAGGGCAAGAUCUUUGUCAUCGGAGGUUCUUUCUCUGGAGCGGGCACCCGCAACGGAGAGAUCUACGACACCGCGACCAACAAGUGGACGAAGCUCGCCGGAUGCCCAGUCAAGCCUUUGGUCAUGCAGCUCGGCAUGUUCCCUGACAGCCACGCUUGGUUGUGGUCAUGGAAGAAUGGAUCUGUCCUCCAGGCCGGCCCGGCCAAGCAGAUGAACUGGUACGACACCAAGGGCACUGGCGCCAACACACCUGCUGGUCUGCGUGGUGCCGACCAGGACUCUAUGUGCGGCGUCUCUGUCAUGUACGAUGCCGUCGCCGGAAAGAUUUUCACCUAUGGCGGCGGCAAGGGCUACACUGGCUACCAGUCCACCAGCAACGCUCACAUCCUCACCCUCGGCGAGCCCGGUCAACAGGUUCAAGUGCAGAAGCUUCAGAAUGGUCAGUACAACCGCGGUUUCGCCAACGCCGUUGUCAUGCCUGAUGGCAAGAUCUGGGUUGUCGGCGGCAUGAAGCAGAUGGCCCUGUUCUCGGAUGCCACUCCUCAGCUCACCCCUGAGCUCUUCGACCCCGCGACGGGCAAGUUCACCCCCACGGCCGCUCACACCGUUCCCCGCAACUACCACUCUACCGCGCUCCUGAUGGCCGACGGCACGAUAUGGUCCGGCGGUGGCGGUCUCUGCGGUGCUGGCUGCGCUGCCAACAAGUUUGACGGACAGUUCUGGUCGCCACCGUACCUCUUUGAGGCUGAUGGAAAGACUCCUGCCAAACGACCCGUCAUCGAGAGUCUGUCUGACGAGACUGUAAAGGCUGGCGCAGCUCUCACCAUCAACAUGCAGGACGAGGGCAAGUACACCUUCAGCAUGAUUCGCGUCAGUGCCACCACGCACACUGUCAACACUGACCAGCGCCGCAUUCCCCUUGACGGUCAAGAUGGCGGUGACGGCAAGUCAUUCUCUGUCAACAUGCCCAGCGACUACGGAGUUGUCAUUCCCGGAUACUACAUGAUGUUUGCCAUGAAUGAGGCUGGAACGCCUUGUGUGGCUAAGUUCUUCAAGGUUUCUCUUUGA